AUGCUUUUCCGGAUCGAUGGGAAUAUCGGUUGUGGAAAGUCCGUAGCCCUCAAGUACAUCUCUGGCCAUGUCAAGACCAGAGAGUACCUGACUGCGUGGGCCGAGAGGAGCAGCCCGACAAUGGCAUUGGUGAGCGGGAGGGUUUUUUUGACACGCACCGGAACGACGCUGCAGAGCAGCCGAAGCGGUCUUAUCCGAACCAUUCUCCAUUCGAUUUCCACCGACUGCCCCAGUCUGAUCCCGUUGCUUUUCCCGGAAGAGUGGACACACAGUACUCGCGAUUUGGACAUUGUGUUUGUCGAUAACCGCUUAAACAAGGCCUUCGAGACCUUGAAAACCUCUCCUCUGGUCUACAAGGCCCGCAAGAUCGCCAUCUUCAUUGACGGAUUGGAUGAAAUCAGUGACCAGUACUGCAGACCCCCUCAGCUGGUCGAUGAGUUGAGAAGAUGGACCGUGGGCAACUCUGUCAAGAUAUGUGCAUCCAGCAGAGUGGCCCCCGUCAUUGACAACCGUCUCAGGCAGUUUCCAUCGCUCAAACUCCAUACAGUGAACCGGGGUGGUAUAGCGAGGUUCGCCAGGGACAUACUGGCUGCAGAAAUGGAGUUCCUCGAGGAUGCCCGGGCCCAGGAGACGAUGGAGACACUCGUCCGACAUGUGAUUGACAACUCUAACGGCGCCUUCCUUUGGGUGUCGCUGAUCCUUCGAGACCUCGUGGUUGGUCUCAACAACGCCAACAGUCUGGAGACCCUCUACAACAAGACAACCUCCUUGCCUCGGGACCUUGAUCACUUGUACAACGAUCUCCUUCUCUCGAUGCAUCGAAACGACGAGAACCAAGCUUAUCGAUUUUUGUCUCUCGCCCUGGUUCCCCCUCAGCCAUGCCCCCUCAUCCAGUUUUCGUUCUUGCGCGACUGGGUAGACCGAACUGAUCUUCCAGACCAGGCCCUGCCGCCACUUUCGUCGAACAAGCUCAAACAGUGUCUGGCUAGAGCGCGGCGGCAAGUUGCCGGAGACUGUUUGGGAUUGCUGGAGAUUGUGGACGAUCCAGGCCAGGUGGAGUUGACACUCCAGGCGCGCGUCAGGUUUGCGCAUGACUCUAUUGCCAGCGUUUUGAGGAGCAACCCGCCGGCUGGGGGGCAAUGGAGCAGAGCGUUGGAAAGCCCUUUGAUGCGUUUCGCGCCUUAUGCAACACGUUCAGGAUCCACAUAA